ACUGAAAAUUUAAAUUUUAAGAUCAUGUGCUAAAGUGAAUGACUUAUUGUGCUUUAUCUUAUAGUUUAUGAAUUUAAUAUCAAUAAUACUAUUGGAAUGCUAUGAACAAAAAAAUAACAGUUAAAAAUAAUAUAUUUAUCGAGUAAGGCUUGAAAUAAAUCUGAAAAAAGUACAGUGAACUCUAAUAAAAUCUUGAGUGAAAAAUAAUUGAAUUUGUGACUGAAACUCUAGUUAUUUAAAUUAUAUUAAAUCAUUUAAUAAUAUUAUUAUAUUAUUUUUUAUAAUAACUUGAAUAAAAUAGUGUUUAUUGGCAAUGAUAGUCAUCAUCGUAGUCAAUAAUUAAUUAUCUUUGUUUUGGACUUUAAACAUUAUAACAAAGAAAAUAUUUUAAAAAUAAUUAAUUAAUUAAAAAUUUCUUUAAAUAUGCGUAAAUUAGUGGAAGUGAUAAAAAUUAAAACUAUCAGCUGACUACUAAAGUUGCUCCGCAGACAAGCGGGCCUUUAUGAAGCAGAAGCGUAUCAAAAAAAGAAAAAAUAUUCUAACGGACACGAAAAUCACUUGUAUUCAAUCAUGACGUUUAGUACCUCGUUUCACAGUGAUAAAGCAUCUCCUCCUCAGAGCCAUCCAGCUCACUAUAGGCCCAGUAUAGUGUUAGGAGAAGAAACAACAUUAACCGAUAGCUUGACUGAAGGACUAGGAGGAAAAUUGAAAUGUUCAUCAUCAAUUUCACGGUUACGAGUGGAAAAAAUCGAAGGAGGAUUAAUGGUUGCAGGAGUAGUUAUUGCAGCUAACUGUCAAAUAGCUCUACCAGCAUUUGGUUUCCUCUUCAUGUUUGUCGGAGCUGUGUUGACAGCUGCAUCAUAUCGGGGACCAGGUGAAGAUGAAGAUAAAGAUUCUUAUGCAGCAAGGAUUGCCUUUACAGGAAAUUCCCGGAUUUUAGGACCUAUUUGUAUUGUUGUUGGAGCUUUAAUGUUAGGACUUGGUGUCUUACUAUGCAUGUUAACAAGAAGAGCACGACAAAAAGAGCGUCGAGUGGGCUUCCAUUGUCCAUUGCAUGGAGAUUUUUAUCCUUUAGGACCUGUCCAGGGUAUUAGAAUGCUAGAUGAUAAAGAAGUCAACCGGUGGUCUAAAAUCCCUUGCUUCAAAAGACGUUCUAGAGAGAAAAGUAUGAAUGGCUUCAGCGGAUCACACAUAGGACCACCUCUAUGUCCGCAUUCUGUACUCAGCAGUACCAGAAGCUCAGUCAGCAGCUCACCACUAAGUCCGUGUCCAACACCAAUGCCAUUUCUUGUUACAUCUGGCUCAGUAAGUAGUGGAAUGGUGCAGAGCGUUGGAGCAAAUCUAUCCCCAGACCAGACAUUUGGAUCGAUUCGAUCUCUUUCAGUAACUCGAGAGGUUGCAAGUUUUCCUCUGUCAAGAACACCAACGCCGCCACCUCCGCAUAGAUCAUCACCAAUUAAUACUUCAGAGGACUUUGUUAGAAUAAAUAGUUCUCAUCAAGAAUCAUCAACCAGACCAGAAGUGCGAGUCAUAGCACCAUCACAUCGACUUACAUUUUCUCCAACAUUGAAUGCCACUAAUUCUCAUCAAAAUCCGAUAGGAAGAAAAUCUGUAAGCAUUUUAUUACCAGAACACUCAAAUGGAUGAUACCAACAUAGUUUCGUCCAUCGCUGUGAUAAAGGGCCAUUCCGGAAGGAAACUUAAAAAUCACUCGUCUCUUAUUUUUAUGGUACGAUGCCCGAACAAUUUAUAAUUUAAACUUCAUCAUGUAUUGAUUUGAAAAGUUAAAGAUUUUCAAACCUUUUUAUUAUUGAAUAAUGUGAAAUAUAAAAAUAUUUUACAUAAAAUUUAAUAAUUGAAAAUUUACUAUUAAGGUAUUCUUUUUUUUUACUGUGGUUGAAAUAAAUAAAAGACCUACUAAUAAGUAUUUAUAUAGUAAAAAAUUAAGAGAUUAAAGGUAUUAUAAAUUAACAGUUAAUCCUACUCUCCAUUUUUUGA